ACCAUGUCCAGACUCAGUCUGCGGCUGGAGACCGGGCUGCUGGAUCACAGCCUGCCGCUCAGCAGCGCCUCCUACAGCGCAGGAGGAGGCAGCUGGAGGAGCAGCAGGUCCCUGAAGCCUGGUCGUUCCCAGCUUCUCUCGGUCUCCUGCUCGGAGUCUCUCCUCCUCGUGCCGUGUCCUCGGAGGCCGUCCGGCCGCUCGCUGCACAGCAGCAGCGUCCACAGCGUGACCUCCGACACCUCGCUGCUGUCCUCGCUGCUGGACGAGUCGUCCAUCCAGGACGCCACGCUGGUCGACAACCUCUGGGGUUUGGACCAUGACGUGGAUCCUAAAGAAAGCACCAUCGUGGAGCCGAAGACUGUCCUGGCGAGCCGCUCUCUGAUUGGCUCAGACAGCUUCUGUGUCAAACACACGGGGCAGACGCUCAGCCGGGUUUACUGCAAGGACUGUGAGCUGCAUCCGGACCUGAAGGAGUCCGUCCCCACACGCAGCGCCUCCUCCAAAUACACCUCCUCCUCCUCCUCCUCCUCCUCCUCGGCGUCAGGGGAGAGAGAGCUGGAGACCUCCAUCGUCUACGGCCGCGAGCGGAGCCGCAGGAGGAGAACAGGUGUUUUGUCCUCCAUGUUGGAUGCAGGUGUGAAUGUGAGCAGGAGGGCGGCGGCCUGUGUCAUCGCCCUGCUCUCUGUGAUUUGCAGUUGCCUGUCGCUGCAGAGACGCCACCACAUGACAGAUGUGCUGCAGAUGUGGCUGGACGUGUCCGCGGUGUGUGUGAGGAGAGCGGCCGGCGGCUGCAGCUCUGUGCUCACACUCACCUGGCAGCUGUGUCAGCGCCUCACACACUGUGACCUCAGGCCUGGAGGUACCGGGGCGCUUUCCUCAGCUCGGUCUGAUCCCUGUGGAGUCAUGGAGCUGAAGGAGACGACCCACGGCCUGAAGGAGGCGCUACAUCCCAAAGGAUCUCUGUGUGACGACUGUAAGGAGACGCAGCUCUCGGAGACGGACGCCGUCCCCUCGUCCUCGAGGUCGUCUCUGGCGCCCUCUGUGUUGGGGCUGAUGCGGAGCGCUGCUGUUUUCACAGGUAAAACAGGAGGGGCCAUCCUCCGGUGGCUCAGCAGAAGAUGGCAUCACAUGACUGCUCCUGACCGUCCCGUCCUGCUGACACGCUUCCCGCCCAGAUGUGUCCUGCUCCUGGUUCCUCUGCUGCUCGUCCUCAUCGGCCCGUGUUGGUUCGGCCUCGCCGGCCUACAGUCCGUCCUCGCAGCUCUAAACCUCACAGAUUGGACGAAGGUGGUCUCCGACGUCCCCCCUCUGUCCUCCAUGUACAGCUUCAUGUCCUCACAGAGCCCAUCAGCAGAGACCGCUGCAGAGGGGUCGGGGGAGGAGCUCUAUCCUCGACCGCCACCAGCCGAGGAGGAGGAGUCGGCCCGGCUGGUCGACCUGGAGCGGAGCCUGACGGAGCUGUGGCGGCGUGUGGAGGCCGCAGGUCAGCAGGCGGAGCAGAGACACGGGGAGGUUCUCCAGCUGUACGCCGACCUGCAGCAGCGGCAGGUCUCUGCUCAGAGCGGCGAGGACGACCUGCAGCAGCGGCUCAGCAGCCGGAUCGACCACGAGCUGACGGAGCUGAGGAGGCGACUGGACGAGGAGCGACAGACGCAGCAGCAGAGUCUCUGGUCUGGUCUGGAUCAGCUGCAGCUGCUGGCGGCUCACACGCAGGAGGAUCGGUGGAGGCGAGAAGCUGCGUCCGUUCCACAGUCAACGCUUCCUGCCGCCAUCAGCACGGGUGUGGACCGUCAGUCCCACGACGGCCUGCGGGCGGAGGUAGCGAGGCUGGAGGCGGCUCUGGAGGACGUGAGGCGGGAGGUGGACGCUCUGUCUGGGUUCAAGGAGCGUUGCCAACAACUGGAUGGAGUCCAGCAGACGAUCUCGGAACAGGUCUCGGUUCAGGUGCGCGAGGAGCUUCGGGUUCUCGUGAACGGGAAUCGGGUGAGAGCGGCGGGCGGAGGAGACUCCGACAGUCUCCCAGAGUCGCUCCUCCAGUGGCUGUCGCAGCAGUAUGUCAGCAGGGCUGACCUGCAGGUGGCGCUGUCGACUCUGGAGCGCAGCCUCCUGCAGAACAUCAAACUGCCGCAUGGCAACGAGGAGGUCGCAGAGAGCGUCCUGCAGACCCCCGGGGACACCGUCCUGCAGACCCCCGGGGACACCGUCCUGCAGACCCCCGGGGACACCGUCCUGCAGACCCCCGGGGACACCGUCCUGCAGACCCCCGGGGACACCGUCCUGCAGACCCCCGGGGACACCGUCCUGCAGACCCCCGGGGACACCGUCCUGCAGACCCCCGGGGACACCGUCACGCCCGAGGAAGUCCACGUGAUCGUGAAGAACGCUCUGCGGCGGUUCUCCCAGGACCAGACUGGCCUCGCCGACUACGCUCUGGAGUCUGGAGGGGGCAGUGUUGUGAGCACUCGCUGCUCCGAGACGUUCGAGACCAAGGCGGCGCUGCUCAGUCUGUUCGGACUUCCUCUCUGGUAUUUCUCUCAGUCUCCUCGAGUUGUCAUCCAGCCGGACGUCCAUCCUGGAAACUGCUGGGCGUUCAGAGGCUCCACCGGUUUCCUGGUGAUCCGUCUCUCCAUGAGGAUCCUCCCCAGCGCCUUCUCCAUGGAGCACAUCCCCAAAGCCCUGGCGCCCAGCGGCGCUCUGCACAGCGCUCCCCGAGACUUCAGCGUCUACGGUCUAGAUGACGAGCAGCAGGACAGAGGGAAGCUGCUGGGAGCGUACACGUAUGACCAGGAUGGAGAAGCUCUGCAGACCUACGCCGCCACGGAGGAGAACGAUCAGAUGUUCCAGAUCCUGGAGGUGAAGGUUUGGUCCAACUGGGGCCACGAGGAGUUCACGUGUGUUUACCGGUUCAGAGUGCACGGCUCGCCCAGCGGCGUCCGACGACCACGCUCACACACUCAGUCAGACUGAGGGUUUGAAUUGAAGCUGUGCUGCUCGCUGCUGAUUGGCUGCUGACUGUGCCUGAGCAUCCACGCACUUCAAUUUCAAGUGGAUGUUGUUGAUCAAAGUCUCGACAGUGACGGUAGCCCCGCCCCCUUUAGGCGUGAUCCGAGCGCCGUGGCUUUCCUGUGGAGUGACGACACUUUGACGACUUUGAGUUUUCUGUCCAUAGUUAUUUUUAUAUCUGCGUUGUUUUGUAUUUGUGGUUUAUGGGUUUUUAUCUUUGCCUUUGUCACACAGACAGUUUUAUAGGAUCAGCUCAUAUUCUGUAUCAACACAUCUAUGAACAUGUUUUAAUUGUUCCUCCUGUUGACGCUUUAAUAAACUAUGAUUUUACCAUGUGGCCUCUGAGCAGAUUAAUGCACUCGGAUCUUUCAGAGUUUCAGGAAAAUACAUUUCUUUAAGUUUCAGUUGCACAAAGAAAUAAUUUGUCAGUAGAAAAUAACGUUGUUUGUUUAACACAGAAAAACCAAAAUCUCUUCAGGAGGAAACGUCAGCGUCGGUAUAAACGAGGAAAAACCUGAUUCCUGUUUUAGAGAACUUGAAUAAAUGUGUUUUUUUUACUAGAAAAUAAAUGAUUGGAUAAUCUGAUCCAGAGCAGCACAUUAAAUCAUGACUGUUCAAAUCUGCUCCGAUGAACGUA